AUGGAGGACGAAGAAGACGAUUUCUAUGAUCCCACAGACUCCGUGCCGACGGGCCAAGCACAGCACAACGCCCACAAUGCCACCCUAGAGCAACAACAGGACGGCUACGAGGACGAAGAAGAGGAAGAGGUCGAGGAUGACGAUGACGACUUCAACAUUAUCACAGAAGCGCCCGCUGAUGCGCCACCCCCAGAGAUCUCUCAUCCGCGCCAUGCGAGCUUACGACAAGAGCCCCAGCGACCUCCCUCGGCGGACUCAUCAAUAAUCUCCAAGUCCGCGACACCUACAGCUACUCCUCACCUCGAUGUCUCUACUCCCGUACCCGCCGCGGCUGCCCCGAUCCCGAAACAGACAGUGCCGCUUAGACCAGGCUCUUCCUACCCAGCUAUCCAUACGUCUACGAUCGACGUAAAUGGCAACCCAGUUCACCCCUCAACGGGGAAGACCAUCAUGGCUACCGAUAUGGAUGCCGACUUCCCUACAGACGACAAGCCCUGGCGACGACCCGGGACCGAUGUCACAGACUUCUUCAACUACGGAUUCGAUGAAUUUACAUGGGUCAGCUACUGCUUAAAGCAGCAAGAAGUACGCAAGGAAGUUGGGGAUCAGAAGAAACAAAUGGAUGACAUGUCAUCCUUUCUGGGUAUGGGGAUGCCUCCAAUGCCGGGUGCAGCUCCGGGCCCUGGCGCAGCAGGUCCUGGCGGUGCAGCACCUAUGCCUGGUAUGCCGGGCAUGCCAGAUAUGAACCCAGAUAUGAUGCAGGGUAUGCUGGCAUCCAUGAUGGCUCAGGGCCUUGAUCCAUCAUCGAUGGACCCUAUGGCGUUCAUGCAACACGCGCAGACGAUGAUGGGUGGUCAGCCUGGUGGAGGCCCGCAAGGGCAACCUGGAUUUGGCGGACAAGGCCAGGGACAGGGCUUCGGACAAGGAGGACAGGGCCAGAUGGGAUACGGAGGCUACGAGCAACGCGGCAAUUAUGGUGGUGGCCGUGGGCGUGGCCGGAGAUGGUAG